AUGAUGAACAGCUACCCAGACGGCGAGGAGGACGCGGUGGCGCUGCUGGCUCAUGAUACCGGCGGCAGCAAGGAACCGGAGCGGGUCAAGGAGGAGCUGGGCGCCGAGAAGGGCCCCGAGAAGCCGGACCCCUCGCAGAAGCCCCCCUACUCCUACGUGGCCCUGAUCGCCAUGGCCAUCCGGGAGAGCGCGGAGAAGAGGCUCACACUGUCCGGGAUCUACCAGUACAUCAUCAGCAAGUUCCCUUUCUACGAGAAGAACAAGAAGGGCUGGCAGAACAGCAUCCGCCACAACCUCAGCCUCAACGAAUGCUUCAUCAAGGUGCCCCGGGAGGGCGGCGGCGAGCGCAAGGGCAACUAUUGGACCCUGGAUCCCGCCUGCGAGGACAUGUUCGAGAAGGGCAACUACCGCCGGAGGCGAAGGAUGAAACGGCCUUUCCGGCCGCCCCCAUCCCAUUUCCAGCCCGGCAAGACCCUCUUCAGCCCCGACAGCUACGGCUACCUCUCCCCGCCCAAGUACUUGCAGUCCACCUUCAUGAACAACUCGUGGCCGCUGGCGCAGCCCCCCGCGCCCAUGCCCUACGCCUCCUGCCAGAUGUCUGGUGGGAACGUCAGCCCCGUCAAUGUGAAAGGACUUUCGGGCCCGGCGUCCUACGGCCCCUACUCGCGGGUACAGAGCAUGGCGCUGCCCAGCAUGGUGAACUCCUACAACGGCAUGGGCCACCACCACCACCACCCGCAUGCCCAUCACCCCCAGCAGCUCAGCCCGGCCAGCCCCGCGCCGCCCGCGGCCCCGGCGGCGAACGGAGCCGGCCUCCAGUUCGCCUGCGCCCGCCAGCCCGCCGAGCUGUCCAUGAUGCACUGUUCCUACUGGGAGCACGACAGCAAACACAGCGCCCUUCACUCCCGCAUAGACAUCUAGGGCGGCUCCGGCCGAUCGCCCCCUGCCCUUGCACCG